AUGGCUGAAACUCUUGCAAAUGAACUCCUCAAAGUCCUUGUUAAAAAGCUGACCGAUGAAGCCUUCAAGCGAAUUGCUCGUGCUCAGGGUAUUCACAACGAGCUCAAGGAGUUGAAGACCACACUGUCCAGGAUCCAAGAUCUGCUUACCGAUGCUUCCCAGAAGGAGGUGACUCAUAAAUCUGUCAAAUCAUGGCUGAAUGCUCUCCAACACUUGGCUUACGAUAUCGACGACGUACUCGACGACGUGGCGACUGAAGCUAUGCGUCGUGAGCUCACCCUGCAGCAGGAACCUGCAGCAUCCACCAGCAUGGUAAGAAAGCUCAUCCCAUCAUGCUGCACAAAUUUCUCACAAACUCAUAGGCUGUCUCCCAAGUUAGAUAGGAUUAACAAAGAGUUAGAAAAUCUAGAAAAACGAAAAACGGAUCUAGGUUUGCUUAAGAUAGAUGAAAAGCCAAGAAAUACUAGUAGAAGAAGCGAGACCUCUUUGCCGGAACGCGAUGUUGUCGGAAGAGAAGUUGAGAAAGAGCAAUUGCUUAAAAAGUUGUUGGGGGAUGAUGGGUCAUCUCAGGAUAACUUUAGCGUCUUACCUAUAGUUGGUAUGGGUGGGGUUGGAAAAACCACUCUAGCUAGACUUUUGUAUAAUGAUACAAAGGUGCAGUGUUACUUUGAACCCAAGGCAUGGGUUUGUGUUUCAGAUGAUUUUGAUAUUUUCAAGAUAACUGAUGCUAUCCUUCAAGAUGUGACUAAAGAUAACAAGGAAUUUAAAGAUCUAAAUCACCUUCAAAAAGCUCUCACUGAGCAAUUUAAGGACAAACGCUUUCUACUAGUAGUUGAUGAUGUGUGGAGUGAAAAGUAUGGGGAUUGGGAAAACCUAGUGCGCCCAUUUCUAUCAUGUGCUCCUGGAAGUAGGAUAAUCAUGACAACCCGUAAGGAGCAAUUGCUCAAACAGAUAGGUUUUCAUAAUGUAGACCGUCUCAAGAGUUUGUCGAGUGAAGAUGCAUUUCGUUUAUUUGCAGUAAAUGCAUUGGGGGUAGAUAACUUCGACUCACACACGACACUUAAACCGCAAGGUGAAGGUAUUGUGAAAAAGUGUGGUUGUUUGCCUUUGGCUUUAAAGGCAAUUGGAAGGCUUUUAAGGACGAAAACAGAUAGAGAAGACUGGGAUGAGGUGUUGAAUAGCGCGAUAUGGGACGUAGAAGUUGGUAAUGCCACUGAAAAUGGUAAAGAUGUGGAAAAUAGUGAUAAGAUUGUUCCGGCACUUAGGAUAAGCUACCAUGAACUUUCUGCAGAUUUGAAGCAGUUGUUUGCAUACUGUUCCUUGUUCCCAAAGACUUUUUGUUUGACAAGGAGGAGUUGGUAUCGUUGUGGAUGGCAGAAGAGUUUUUGA